AUGUCGCGAGGCGGCGGCGGACAGUGCGCCUGCGCGCCGCCUCUGGGAGCGGGAGCAGGAGCGGGAGCAGGAGCAGGAGCAGGAGCAGGAGCAGGAGCGGCGCGUCCCGUGUGCUACCGCUGCUGCGGAUGUGGGGAUGGAGCUGUGUGCACGCCGGGAGCCGAACUGACGUGCAUCGCUUUCUGUACCGUGCUGUGCACACCAACAAAGCUGAACUUCUUUUCUGAUCUACAGCAUCUGGAUGCCUUACUGAAACAAAUUAAGUUUGUUGUGGAAAAGCAUGUGGAAUCGGAUGUUCUUGAAGCCUGCAGCAAAACCUACAGCAUACUCUGUAGUGAAGAAUAUACCAUCCAGAACAGAGUUGACAUAGCACACAGCCAACUUAUUGAUGAAUUUGUGGAUCGAUUCAACCAUUCUGUAGAGGAUCUGCUGCAGGAGGGAGAAGAAGCUGAUGAUGACGACAUAUACAACGUGCUCUCCACACUGAAGAGAUUAACCUCUUUUCACAAUGCUCAUGAUCUCACAAAAUGGGAUCUGUUCAGUAACUGCUACAGAUUACUAAGAACUGGAAUUGAACAUGGAGCUAUGCCAGAACAGAUAGUUGUUCAGGCACUGCAGUGUUCGCAUUACUCUAUUCUCUGGCAGCUGGUGAAAAUCACUGAAGGUUCCCCUUCCAAAGAGGACUUGCUGGUAUUGAGGAAAACUGUGAAAUCCUUUCUGGCUGUCUGCCAGCAGUGUCUAUCAAAUGUCAACACCCCAGUUAAGGAACAGGCCUUCAUGCUGCUCUGUGAUCUCUUGAUGAUUUUUAGUCACCAGCUGAUGACUGGAGGGCGUGAAGGUCUUCAGCCAUUGGUGUUCAAUCCAGACUCAGGCCUCCAGUCAGAACUUCUCAGUUUUGUGAUGGACCAUGUCUUCAUUGACCAAGAUGAUGAAAACCAGAGCAUGGAGGGAGAUGAAGAGGAUGAAGCUAACAAAAUAGAAGCUUUACAUAAGAGAAGAAACCUUCUGGCUGCCUUUAGCAAGCUGAUAAUUUAUGACAUUGUGGACAUGCAUGCAGCAGCUGAUAUCUUCAAACACUAUAUGAAGUACUACAAUGAUUAUGGAGAUAUCAUUAAGGAAACCCUGAGCAAAACAAGGCAAAUUGAUAAAAUCCAGUGUGCAAAGACACUCAUUCUCAGUUUGCAACAGCUGUUCAAUGAACUUGUUCAGGAGCAAGGUCCUAAUCUGGAUAGGACAUCUGCCCAUGUUAGUGGAAUUAAGGAACUGGCUCGUCGGUUUGCCCUCACUUUUGGCUUGGACCAGAUCAAGACAAGAGAGGCAGUGGCCACACUACACAAGGAUGGAAUAGAGUUUGCCUUCAAAUAUCAGAAUCAAAAAGGACAAGACUAUCCACCUCCUAACCUUGCUUUCCUUGAAGUUCUUAGUGAAUUUUCUUCUAAACUCCUGCGGCAGGACAAAAAGACUGUUCACACCUACCUAGAAAAAUUUCUGACAGAACAGAUGAUGGAGAGAAGAGAAGACGUGUGGCUGCCACUCAUUUCCUAUAGGAACUCACUAGUUACGGGCGGCGAAGAUGACAGAAUGUCUGUUAACAGUGGGAGCAGCAGCAGCAAAACCUCUUCAGUGAGAAAUAAGAAAGGACGGCCACCGCUACACAAAAAGAGAGUAGAAGACGAGAGUCUGGAAGGCUCUUGGCUGAACAGGAAUGAAAACAUACAUACCCCAGGAGCACUGCAAGCACCACAGCUCACCUCAACUGUCUUGAGAGAGAACACCAGACAAAUGGGGGAGCAGAUCCAGGAGCACGAGUCGGAGCAGGGAUCUGAACAAGAUUUUUUACACAAUCCCCAGAUGCAGAUAUCUUGGUUGGGCCAACAGAAGCUAGAAGAUUUAAAUCGAAAGGACAGGACAGGAAUGAACUACAUGAAAGGGAGAACUGGUGUAAGGCACGCAGUACGCGGUCUCAUGGAAGAUGACGCUGAGCCCAUCUUCGAAGAUGUAAUGAUGUCCUCACGAGGUCAGCUAGAGGAUAUGAAUGAAGAAUUUGAGGACACAAUGGUCAUUGAUCUGCCACCUUCAAGAAACCGACGAGAACGGGCUGAACUGAGGCCAGACUUCUUUGACUCCGCAGCUAUCAUUGAGGAUGAUUCAGGAUUUGGAAUGCCAAUGUUCUGAAGUCUGCUGAAGACAUUUUACAAAUUUGGAACUCUAUUGUUUAGAGCUAGAGGCCUAUAUACUGUGAUAGCUUGUAUGAAAACCACAUUUUUGAUGUGAUACGGUUUGAUUUUUAACCAAAUGAUUAAGGUCAAUCCCUUUUUGUAGUGACAGAAAGAAGAGGAACUUCUUAAUGACACAAAGGAAUGUUGGCCAAUCCCGUCACCUCAGAAAGGCUGACCUAGAAAAUCAUUUGUAGCCCUUGUUCCUGACUGUCCUAAUACAGAUUUUUUUUUUCCCAGAGGAGGAGGAAGUUUUAAAUUGUUAAGACAGCUGUCAAAAUAAACACUGUUCUACAUAUGUUUUCUGAAAACAUUGAGUGAUAACAGAACUUUUUAACUUUAUUUUUCUGCUGUACAAUUUAAAACGGUUUUAACAUUUGCCUUUUUAUGUUUUAAAAGCUAGCCAUUUUUAUUAAACCUAUGCCUAUCAGCCAUUGACUAGCAAUGAUGCUAUAAGCAGGUCGUUCUGGCUACAGAAAAGUGUUUUUGAACACACUGGAUUUGAUUAACAUUGUGGUACGCUUAUAUCCUCUCGUAGGCAUUGAGAAGAACACUCUCAUAGAAGAGGUUAGAAUUCUAAUGACGUGCAUCUCUGCCAAAAAAAUUCAGAUUCUGAUAUGAUAAACCCAGAUUUUAUACUCUUGAGAAGAUUUAUUUUUAUUUAUAACGGGACAUAAAGUGAGAGAUGUCCAUGAAGCCACUUUUCCAACAGACGCUGUGUAACAUUCAUUUUAUAUAGCACAUGGGGACACAAAAGCAGUAAGUUUUCUAUUGGUACUUGCUCUGUGCAUUUUUAGCAACUUAUACCAGCAAAUAAAGUAUUCUCAGUAAAACACACCAAUGGUUCUCAAGUAAUCACUUUGCUGUUUUUACUACCUACUUCAAGCCCUGCCAACCCGAGGUACAUAAACAGCAACUUUCCUAUUUAAAGAAACAGUAAUUCAAGGGUGGGGGAAAGGAAUCGCUUGAGCAUCCUCCAAGCAAUGUUACCUGUACCAUACAGAAGUCCACUUCCCAUGCCCUCAAUUCCCUUCUGCGCUAUUUUUGUAAAUUAAUUUUGCCACUUAGAAGUACUGUAUGUGCUGCAUAGAAACUUGUGCUUAGAUGGUGAAGUUCUUAAGCUUACAAUGGAAUACAGCUACAUUUUCAGUGUUAACUGUGCAUAUUAAGAGUAACUAUUUGGGGGAAAAAAAAUACAAUUUUUCAAAAAAGCAAAAAACAUUAAAAAAAAAAA